AAGCAAUCAUUGCCGGAGACAAUUCGCCAUGGCACCAAAGAAGAGCAGCAAGACCAGCGACAGCAUCAACGCCAAGCUUGCCCUGACGAUCAAGUCGGGUAAGGUCACCCUUGGCUAUAAGUCGACCCUCAAGUCGCUGCGCUCUGGCAAGGCCAAGCUCGUCAUCAUCGCUGGCAACACUCCACCUCUCAGGAAGUCGGAGCUCGAGUACUACAGCAUGUUGGCCAAAACCGCCGUGCACCACUUCUCUGGCAACAACAUCGAGCUCGGCACUGCCUGCGGUAAGCUCUUCCGCUGUUCGACCAUGGCUAUCCUCGAUGCUGGUGACUCGGACAUCCUCAGUACAACCCCACAGUAGAGCGACUGAGAGACUUGGAUGAAGCAAAGACGGUGGUCAAGAUACAAGCAUAGGAUGGAGCAGCUCCGUUCCGUCAGAGAAAGCUGUGCUCAGCGAGGACGAGACCGCAGAGUAGCGAAAAUAGAACUCUGCCGCUGCGGAGAAGUCGAUAUGUUUGAGGCAUGACACCCACCAUGAAUGCCAUGUUGCGUCUUCGGAUAGAUAGACAGCCCGCAGAGCGUUCAAUUGCACCGUCCAGCCAUCGUG